CGCUGCCAGUGGGUGGCUGGAGGGCAGCGAGUUCGAGUCCCGCCUCCGUGAGCCCGAGCCGGCAGCCCUUCUCUGUGUGCCGUACUCCGCUCCGGGGCGAGGGGAGCUCGGAGUGGUCGUUUGGUUUCCUGUUCUUGCUCCUGUUCCUCUUUGCGCGGAGGCCGCGGCUUUCUCUGUGGGGCGCCAGCCCGCAGGGACAGAGUUUGCCAGGAGUUUGUGCUGAGUUCGGGCCCCGGCCCCCCGCCCCGCUGCCGCCAUGCCCGUCUUCCACACGCGCACCAUCGAGAGCAUCCUGGAGCCGGUGGCCCAGCAGAUCUCCCACCUGGUCAUCAUGCACGAGGAGGGAGAGGUGGACGGAAAGGCCAUCCCGGACCUCACCGCCCCCGUGUCGGCCGUGCAGGCCGCUGUCAGCAACCUGGUGCGGGUUGGAAAAGAGACUGUGCAGACAACAGAAGACCAGAUCUUGAAAAGGGAUAUGCCACCAGCAUUUAUCAAAGUGGAGAAUGCCUGCACCAAACUGGUUCGGGCAGCCCAGAUGCUGCAAGCAGAUCCUUAUUCAGUACCAGCUCGUGACUAUCUCAUUGAUGGAUCAAGAGGAAUCCUUUCUGGAACAUCAGACUUGCUCCUGACAUUCGAUGAAGCAGAGGUCCGUAAAAUCAUCCGUGUCUGCAAAGGAAUAUUGGAAUAUCUGACUGUGGCAGAAGUGGUAGAGACAAUGGAGGAUCUGGUGACUUACACGAAGAAUUUAGGGCCAGGAAUGACGAAGAUGGCCAAAAUGAUUGAUGAGAGACAACAGGAAUUAACUCAUCAGGAACAUAGGGUUAUGCUGGUAAACUCCAUGAAUACAGUGAAGGAGCUAUUGCCAGUACUUAUUUCAGCUAUGAAGAUUUUUGUAACUACAAAAAAUUCUAAAAGCCAGGGAAUAGAAGAGGCCUUGAAAAAUCGCAAUUUCACAGUAGAGAAAAUGAGUGCUGAGAUAAAUGAAAUAAUUCGUGUAUUGCAACUCACUUCGUGGGAUGAAGAUGCCUGGGCAAGCAAGGACACUGAAGCCAUGAAGAGAGCUUUAGCCUUAAUAGAUUCAAAGAUGAAUCAGGCAAAAGGUUGGCUGAGAGAUCCAAAUGCACCUCCAGGGGAUGCUGGUGAGCAGGCCAUAAGGCAGAUCCUCGAUGAAGCUGGCAAAGCAGGAGAGCUGUGUGCAGGCAAAGAGCGCAGGGAGAUCCUGGGCACGUGCAAAACCCUGGGGCAAAUGACUGAUCAGCUGGCUGAGCUCCGGGCAAGAGGACAGGGUGCUACACCCAUGGCUAUGCAGAAAGCCCAGCAGGUGUCCCAGGGCCUGGACCUGCUCACUGCCAAGGUGGAGAAUGCAGCCCGCAAGCUGGAGGCCAUGACCAACUCCAAGCAGGCAAUUGCUAAGAAGAUCGAUGCUGCUCAGAAUUGGCUUGCAGAUCCUAAUGGGGGCAGUGAAGGAGAAGAGCAUAUUCGGGGAAUUAUGAAUGAAGCAAGGAAAGUUGCAGAACUAUGUGAGGAGCCUAAAGAAAGAGAUGAUAUCCUUCGUUCCUUGGGGGAAAUCUCUGCUUUGACAGCCAAGCUGUCAGACCUGCGACGACAUGGGAAAGGUGACUCUCCUGAGGCCCGUGCCUUGGCUAAGCAAAUAGCUACAUCACUUCAGAAUUUACAGUCCAAAACAAACAGGGCUGUGGCAAAUACAAGGCCAGUUAAAGCAGCUGUCCAUCUGGAGGGCAAGAUUGAACAAGCUCAGAGGUGGAUAGACAAUCCUACAGUUGCUGAUCGAGGAGUAGGCCAGGCUGCCAUCCGCGGGCUGGUUGCCGAGGGCCGGCGUUUGGCCAACGUCAUGAUGGGCCCGUACCGGCAGGACCUGCUGGCCAAGUGUGACCGCGUGGAGCAGCUGUCGGCACAGCUGGCUGAGCUGGCUGCUCGAGGGGAGGGAGAGUCCCCCCAGGCCAGGGCCAUUGCUGCUCAGCUCCAGGACUCGCUCAAGGAUCUUAAAUCACGGAUGCAAGAAGCAAUGACCCAGGAAGUUUCUGAUGUUUUUAGUGACACCACAACUCCUAUUAAAUUGUUAGCAGUAGCAGCUACUGCUCCCUCUGAUGCUCCCAACAGAGAUGAGGUGUUUGAUGAAAGAGCAGCAAACUUUGAAAAUCAUGCUGCUAGACUGGGAGCUACAGCAGAAAAAGCAGCUGCAGUUGGAACUGCCAAUAAAACUACUGUGGAAGGCAUUCAGGCAACAGUAAAAUCAGCAAGGGAACUCACCCCACAGGUAGUAUCAGCAGCUCGGAUCCUCUUGAGAAAUCCUGGAAAUCAAGCUGCUUAUGAACAUUUUGAGACCAUGAAAAACCAAUGGAUUGAUAAUGUAGAAAAAAUGACAGGGUUGGUGGAUGAAGCCAUUGAUACUAAAUCUCUGUUGGAUGCAUCAGAAGAGGCCAUUAAGAAGGACCUGGAUAAAUGUAAAGUUGCAAUGGCCAACAUGCAGCCUCAGAUGCUGGUAGCUGGUGCCACCAGCAUUGCCAGACGAGCAAACCGCAUCCUGCUGGUUGCAAAACGGGAGGUGGAAAAUUCUGAAGACCCUAAAUUUCGGGAGGCUGUUAAAGCAGCCUCUGAUGAGCUGAGCAAAACUAUAUCACCCAUGGUAAUGGAUGCUAAAGCUGUGGCAGGCAACAUUUCUGAUCCUGGUUUGCAGAAGAGUUUCUUGGAUUCUGGAUACAAAAUUCUGGGAGCUGUGGCCAAAGUCAGAGAAGCCUUCCAGCCUCAGGAACCAGAUUUUCCUCCUCCUCCUCCUGACCUCGAGCACCUUCAUCUGACUGAUGAGCUCGCUCCUCCGAAACCCCCGCUGCCAGAGGGUGAGGUUCCCCCGCCCAGACCACCACCACCUGAAGAAAAGGAUGAAGAGUUCCCUGAGCAAAAGGCAGGAGAAGCAAUCAAUCAGCCCAUGAUGAUGGCUGCCAGACAGUUGCAUGAUGAAGCCCGGAAAUGGUCUAGCAAGCCUGAUGUGACUGUGAUUAAUGAAGCGGCUGAGGCUGGUGUAGAUAUAGAUGAGGAGGAUGAUGCAGAUGUUGAAUUCACUCUCCCCUAUGACAUUGAAGAUGAUUACGAGCCUGAGCUGCUGUUAAUGCCAACCAAUCAGCCCGUUAACCAGCCCAUUCUGGCUGCUGCUCAGUCUCUACAUCGGGAAGCAACCAAGUGGUCUAGUAAGGGCAAUGACAUCAUCGCGGCGGCGAAGCGCAUGGCGCUGCUCAUGGCCGAGAUGUCGCGCCUGGUCAGGGGCGGCAGCGGCAACAAGCGCGCGCUCAUCCAGUGCGCCAAGGACAUCGCCAAGGCGUCCGACGAGGUCACCCGGCUCGCCAAGGAGGUGGCCAAGCAGUGCACGGACAAGCGCAUCAGGACAAACCUCCUGCAGGUCUGUGAGCGAAUCCCAACCAUCAGUACACAGCUGAAAAUUCUCUCCACUGUCAAAGCUACCAUGCUGGGCAGAACUAAUAUCAGUGAUGAAGAGUCGGAACAGGCAACUGAGAUGUUGGUUCAUAAUGCCCAGAAUCUCAUGCAGUCUGUGAAGGAAACUGUGAGAGAAGCUGAAGCAGCAUCCAUUAAGAUAAGAACAGAUGCUGGAUUCACUCUUCGCUGGGUCAGAAAGACCCCGUGGUAUCAGUAAAUACUUGCCACAUUAGUAUUGUUUUCUGUAACUUAAAAUGCCUUUUUUUGGAAACAGAAGAGAUAUAUUAACAGCAAAAGGUGCUGUAUACAUGAGCUUAAGAUUAGCUUAUGCUAAUGCCCCAUUCUAAGGGUAUGAAUUAUAAGAUAAUGCAUUUCAAAUGUCUUUGGAACACAUUUGAUAUCCAACACCUCCAAUUUGCUGCCAACAGUAGACAGUUGUUAUAAUUUUUUUUUUUUUGCUUUUCAAGAUUCUCUUAGUGAAUUUUGUACUCCCAGAAGCACAUUUCAUUUAUGCACUGUAUAUUCCAGUAGUUUCCAUGUGAUGAUAUAAAACAUGGACCUCACUUCAAGCUUGUCUUGAGAGUUUAGGACACUUGGUUACUUGGCAGUUUUUUAGGGACAAUCAUGGAUACAGAAACUUUCAACUUCUCAACAGGAUUUUAUCUGGCUAUUCUAAAACCAUGCAGAUAUGAUGGAAGGUGUGAGGUUUUUGAUUAAAAUGAGGAAGGUGGGGCAGCAGAACAGUUGUAAACUGAGGAUUAAAACUCCAUGUCUGAAAUGCUUUUUUUUUUUUUUGCUUUUGAUUCUUGCCUGGCAACAGUACUUUAACAGAAACUGGAGCUGUCUCUGUCCCCUUCCUGUCACCCUGUAGGUAGGCAUUCCAGAACUCUUGUACUGUACUGAAAGGUUUUGCAGAUGAUGUUAGUAGCACACUGUUGACAGCUUGAGCCUUAUGGCUGGAGACCUUAAAUCAUGGAACUCUUCCCUUGCUCAGUUCUGCCAUGUACUGAGCUGAAAAAUCCUGGUUCUCUUAAUGUAGCUGCAUAUCCAGGACCAGAAUAUGCCACAUGCUGGCUCUUUCUUUUUGAAAACCAAAUGAGCACAUGCAAUUAU